AAGGCAGAGACACACAAGCCGAGCACGCAAACAUACUGCGGUUUAUAAUAAUCGUUGGCGGAACGGGAACGGCAACCAGAAGUUAGACAAGCUACAUUUCGAGGACCUUAUCUGUCUAGUCAAUCGCAUCGUAUCACUCGAGAUCCGAUACUGGGCGUUUGCACCUUGCCACCGUAACGGAGGGACGUUUCGAACCCGACCCACGACUAGUAUCCCAAAAGUUGCAAACGAUCAGACAUCAGACACUUACUGGGUCUCAUCAGUGAAACCCUCGGGAGACGAUUCAGGGGAAAAGAAGAAAGAAGAAACGAGCAGAAGAGAAGAAAAGAAGGGAACAGAAGAAAGAAGGACAGACAAGAAAGGAGGCUUGUGAUAGAAGGACGAUUUACCCGGGCUGAAGGGGUCAUCUCGUUCAGACUUGCCAUCAAAGCAAAGGACCAACAAGCAACAAGAUCCCCAUCACGACGUCGACCCUAUCUCGCCAUCACCAUGUCCUCGACGAACGGAACGGGGUUCUCGACGGGUCCGAGUUCGAACCAUCAUUAUGACGGAGGAGGAGGGGCAGGGGGAGGGGGUGUAGGCGAUUUCUACCUGUUUGAUACUCAGUCGAACUCGAACUCUUCGCCCUCGAUAUCUCACAACAAUACCAAUAUCUCGUCCGGUUUCCAACAACAACAUCAUCAGCAGCAUCAGAAUCAGCAUUUGUCUUCGGCACAUCAUCAACAGCAUCUCAACAACAGCAACAACAACGGAACGACCACGAACAACAACAUCAACAGCAGUAACAAUAACAGCAAUUCACUCUACCGGACUACUCUUCCUCAUCUGUAUCAAUCACAAUCACAAGCAUCGCAAUCACAGCAAACUUCUGCCUCGGCCUACCAACCGCACACGACCGCGGGCAAUGAUAUCCCCACGGCACCUUACACCUUCCCACCUUCCGCUACCGGUCUCCUCUCUUCGCUCCACUCUUCUCAACAACAACAAACACAGCCCCAGGUCUCCCCGUCUCAUUCGCCUUAUCUGUCUUAUAACCCUUAUUCCAGCUCGACGAACGGGAAUCUUAACGGGCAUGGGAAUGGAAACGGGAAUGGCAUCGGCACUGGGAACCCGUCGGCCUUCUUAUCACAAUCUCAAGGUCAGGGUCACAAUCACCAGAACGGGUAUUCGACACCCGCAGGGAGUCGGCUAUCGAGCUAUUCGGGGUUGAAAGUCAGUCCUCCUGGACCUGGCACGGGAUCGGGAUUGGGGUCUGGCCAUGGGCAAGGCGCAGGGCAAGGGCAGGGAACGGGACAGGGUUCGAACGGGGAUUACUUGGCGGCUUACGAGUUGGCCGUGGCCAAUGCGGUCGCUGGGAAUCUGCGGGGACAGAAUGGGGCCGGCGAGUCUGCUCAAUACGCCCAGAGCCCCCUGACUCUGGAUCACUUCCGACAAUACUCCCGCCAAACAUCUCCGCAGCGUCAUUUCUCCCUAGAUCCCCGUUCUACCCUGCAUACGGCUGUCAACACGCCCGAUAUCUCCCCCGACCGGUCCGCAGCGUCCACCCCCGGGUUGGCGAGCGGCGCUCAUGGGUCUCAUGCGGGGUCGACGAGAAAGGCCAAGUAUACGAGGAGCCGGACGGGAUGUUUGGGAUGUAGGGUUAAGCGGGUGAAAUGUGACGAGGGCAGGCCGGAGUGUAAACGUUGCGUGAAUGCUAAGCGUGGGUGCGUCUAUCCUGCACUGCAAGAUCUGCCGAAAGCGACCAUCCGAGCGUUGGCUGCGAAGAAAAGACAGGAUUCUGGAGAUUCGACGGGCGAUGACGAGAUGUCGAGCGAUAGAAAACGAGCUCGGGUGUCAGGGAGUGCUGGAGGGGAGACCUCGGUGGAUCAUUACAUGAAUCUCAUCGACGAGGAGGGUAACGUCAAGGCCGCGUACGGACACCAGCACGAGCGUGCCGGUACGAAUCAGUUCAAUGGGAAUGGGAACGGGAAUGCGCAAAAUCAUCCCUCUCCUAUCAACACCAUUGGCUUCUCUUCGGCGCCCCAAUCUGCUGCGCCGUCAUGGGCAGCUCAGAAUCACCCGACUUACGGCACGCAGAACGAUUACGGUCGGAUCCCGCCCGUCUCGGUCCCUUCGUACCCGUUGUCCGCGCAGGGGUAUUCGAACUCGAUCUCGUCUUACCACCUGAACGCGACUCCGGGGUAUUACAACGGCGGGAUGAACCAGUUCAAGCAGGCGUCAACACAGCCGUCGGGCGGUCAAGAUCAGCGGAUGCCGGCGCACCUGCCUCAUUCUUACCAGCAACAGUCUCAGCAGUCUUACUCGACUCAGAACGGUACGCCCAUGCUGGACCACCACAUGAAGCGGAACGGUUAUGCGAACGGCAAUGGGCACACGCACAAUGCCACUGCGAUCUCGUCUCCGGAUGACGGCAUCGGUUCGGUCGAUAACGGCCUGAUCGCUCAACAUCGGACGUCGGAUCCGCAGUACUUGUCGGAUAUCAGUCGACUGACUUCGCCCACUUUGAAAAGGUCGGCGCUAGUCGGCGGAAACGCUUACCAUAUGAGAGAGGAUGCGUGAGAAGCGGUAGAAGGAUUGGCGGAAGGAUCCGGAGGCCAUCGCCUCUUGAGAACGUCGACAAGUGAUACUUUUGCGAGAGAGAGGUGAUGAGACAAACCUUUGCAUGGGCCAGGCAAUCCCUUUCCCCGAAUUGUUAGAUUCGACACCUGUACUGUAUUAUAUAACACUUGCAUUCGCUUAUCUGAUAAUCCGCCUCGAGCUGUCGGAUCAGGUUGCGUUGAGUGGUUGUACACGCAAGCGAAGAUCAGUGCGCCCGAAUCUAAACUGUAAUGAAAGCCAGGCUUGUAGGUGAGUCUAUGCGGUCG